AUGGCGGGGAUGAUCCAGAGUAAUCUACCCAUAUUUGACGGAAAGAACUUCGAAGAUUGGUGCGUCAAGAUGGAUGCUAUUCUUGGUUUUCAGGAGAUCGAUGAGAUUGUGAAGAUUGGGUUUAAAGAACCCACAAAGAACGCUACAAACGAAGAAAAGAAGGCAUACAAAGAGAAUAGAAAGCUAGAUUGCAAAGCACGCAUGAUAUUGCAUCAAUGCAUUUCGGCAGCGAUUUUUCAGAAAGUGUCAAAGGCGACAACGGCUAAAGAAACAUGGGAGAUCCUACAAGAUGGGUAUGAAACUGCUGGAAAUAUGAAAGAAAUUAAGCUACAGUCACUACGACGACAGUAUGAGCUUUUAAACAUGGGUGAACAAGAAACGAUUGAAGGUUACAUCGGCAGAAUCCAAGUGGUUGUCAAUGCAAUGCGUGCAUGUGACAAGGUUGUCAAGGACAAGAAGAUCGUUCAUAAAAUCCUAAGGACUCUCACGCCUCAAUACGACCACAUUGUCGUAGCCAUUCUGCAAAGCAGAGACUUGGAAAAGCUGAAGGUCGAAGAGUUGCAAAACUCUCUUGAAGUAGAUGAGCAACGUUUGUUGGAGAGAAAAGCCGCAGAACAAGAGACUACUCAGAAUAUUAAUCAAGCCCUACAAGCCAAGACCUUCAAGAAUCGUGGAACGGGCAGAGGCAGAGGUAGGUCUCGUGGCGGUCGAGGAGGCAGAAAUGGUGGGAGAUGCAAUUCAGAGCAAAGCAAAGGUAAUGAAGGCAAUGAACAAGGCAAUGGCAGAGGUAGAGGAAAACCCACCAGAGGCAGAGGAGGCGACAGAAAGAACACUGACAAGAGGAAUAUGCAGUGCUAUACGUGCAAUAAAUUCGGUCACUAUUCGUCGGAGUGCUGGCACAAUGAUAAUGCCAAGAAAGAACAAAACGAUGAAGUGAAUCUUGCAAAAGAGGAGCUGGUCUCGGAUUCAGAUCAUGUUGCCUUGAUGAAUAUUGUUGCGGAUAAAAGAAAUGAUGGUAAGUGUGAAACACGUGGUGAAUCCUUGCUAUAUAUACUUAGUAGUAACGAAGACAAGUAUAUAAAGAAUACUAGUCAAAAGGAACAUGUGUCGACGCUUGGAGAAUCAAUGCAUGCAAAGGAUGAAGUGUCAAACAAAACCAGACAGACAGAACAUGUGUCAUUAGCUAGAGAAACAGUUUACGCACAGGAAGACAUGUCAUGGUAUCUCGAUUCUGCAUGCUCUAACCAUAUGACAGGUAACAAAAAAUGGUUAAUUGAUUUAGACACCAGUGUCAAGAGUGUUGUCCGAUUUGCAGAUGAUAGUGUAGUUCAAGCAGAGGGAUCAGGAAAGGUGUUGAUCACGCGGAAGAAUGGUAAACCUGUGUAUAUGCAUAAUGUUCUUUAUGUGCCCAUGAUGAAAAGCAACCUUUUGAGCCUUGGACAGCUUCUGGAAAAGGGAUACUCUAUGCAAUUGCAGAAAAGAAACAUUGAAGUUUAUGAUGAACAACAAAGGUUGUUGAUCAAGGCACCUCUUGCUCGAAAUAGAACGUUCAAGGUUGAAUUGAACGUUGUAGAAGUACAAUGCCUAGCUGCAGAAGGUGCUAAUGCAGAAGAGUGGCUUUGGCACUACCGUUUUGGACAUUUAAAUUUCAAAAGUUUGUGUCAGUUGAGAGAUAAAUAA